AUGCGUUCACCCAUCAGAAGCCGCAAAAGAAAGGCUGUCGAUCCGGAUGAUGAGAUCCAGUAUGAUUCUGAAGAAAUCGAAGUCAAACCAAUAUCGAAGGUCGCACCUCCUCAUUUGUCCCCAAAACAUGAACAGAAUAAGCGGCGAAGAGUCCUGGACUACGUUUUGAUACCCGUUCCAAAGUGUUCUCAGUCACGUAGUCUGCAAUCACACCACAGGGCUCAGAUCAGGGCGUUCUCUUCCACGCCAGACAAAACAGAGUCGGAUUCUUCGGACUAUGCGACACAGCCGGAAUCUUCCAGAGGUACGACACAACGGCCACGACGCGCCGCCAGCAGGCCGUCAUAUGUAUCGAAAGUCGUAUUUGAGGAGUCCUCUGAGGAUGAGUUGCCAAGUACUGCACCAAAGCUGUCUGCCAAACCACGGAAGCUUGCAAAGACGCAACUGGUAUCGCACGACUCUGACUUUCAGGACUCUGCCGUUCCCUCCUCUGAAGACGCUGCUUCUGACUUAGAAGUAUCUGACGAGGCCAUGUCGGAUACUCCAGCAAUGUCAGUCUCUGAGGAAGAUGAGAAGGCCGCUAAGAGGAUGACCAAGAAGCCGGCCACAAAAGCCACGAGCAAGGCCAAAGCUUCAAAUACCAAAGCAUCUUCCAAAGGCAAGAACUCGAAACAGGCAAAGGGGACAUCUGCGCAGAUGCACAACCUGACAGGAAGCGUCACCACAGAUGGGUCCAAGCUGAAAGGCCUGGAUUACAGUCUUCCACCCAUCCACCAGAUCGGCCAUAUCUUCCAGGACAUGACCUCGAAAGCUCUGGGUCUGGGCCUCGCCGAAGCUAUCAAGCACCGCCAGGGCCGCCCCCUUCGCAUCGCAACCAUGUGUUCGGGUACAGAAGCUCCCGUUCUGGCGUUCAAGAUGAUGCAAGAAGCCUUGAAGCCCUAUGACCUGGACCUCAACAUGGUACAUCUCUUCUCUGCGGAGAUCGUGCCGUUCAAACAAGCCUACAUCGAGAAAAACUUCAGCCCGCCCAUCAUCUUCAGAGACAUCACGGAACUGAUUCGGAACCCUGAGGUGGCGACAACCGCUUACGGCGCAGAGGUCCCAAUCCCUGAGCACAUCGACUUCCUCAUAGCUGGAACUUCUUGCGUUGACUUUUCAAAUCUCAAUAAGCUGAAGAAGGGCAAGAAUGAAGGCGGAGAGUCGGGCUCUACUUUCAACGCUGUCCUGGCAUUUGUCAAGCGGUCACGGCCGGCAAUCGUCCUGCUGGAGAAUGUCUUUGGAGCGCCUUGGGAUGAGAUGAUUGCGGACUACGAAGCCACUGGGUAUCUCGCGAUCGGUGUCAAGGUCGAUACGAAAGACUUCUACAUUCCCCAGACUCGCCAGAGAGGGUACCUCGCUUCUUUCGACCGCAGCCGCAUGCGCAACGUAGACCCAGAAGCUUUGACCGAAUCCUACCUCACUACAAUGGAAGGACUCAAGCGUCCUGCGAGCAGCCCAUUCUCGGCAUUCCUGCAGUCGAAUCGAGAUCGAUCGGCGAGAGACAACAGCUACUUCGAGGAAGACCUCAAGCGGGAGAUCGACUGGCGGAAAUGCAAGUCACGGCAUUGGGAAACGAGGGCAGCGUUCAAGAUCGGCAAUGCGCGUCCAUAUUCACAUUGGCACGAGAACGGCUCGUCCAGAGUACCGGAGCAUGGCGAUAGGCACCAUCUGGAGGACCAAGUGGAACGGGUCAAAGACUACACUGACAUUGCCAUGCUCCAGAAGCUGCAACCAUUGAAGAAGGGUCAGGUGCCGGUCGAUGUACGCUACAAGCGGCGACUUUGGGAUGUAUCGCAGAAUAUUGAUAUAUCGUUGGACACAGCGCAGCGUGGAAUAAUUGGCUGCAUCACGCCAACUGGGAUGCCGUUUGUUUCCGAUCUUGCGAGGCCACUCACAGCCGAAGAAAAGCUGUCCCUGCAAGGAAUUCCGUUGGACAUGAUCUCGUUCACCAUCGAGACGCCGGCCGAGAAGGCCGACCUUGCUGGCAACGCCAUGACGACCACAGUCGUGGGCUCUGCGAUGAUUGCGGCUUUGAUCGCCGGCCAUAAGCUGAUCACGCCGUCAGCUCCAUCUGACGUUCCUCUUGCUGGCCGACCGGGACAGCAAUCACUUCUGCUGAGCAAUACUUCUAGAACGAGGGAUAGAGUGUCUGAAGUGUUGGGCAUCGGGACCGUGGACUUGCCGUCUAUCCUUGCUGAAGCAGAGAAGACAACGCGACGGUGUUACUGCGAGGGUGCUUCCCGUGUCGCCAGAAGGGCCAUCCAGCGAUGCCGCCGCUGUGGGCACACGACCUGUGUCACAUGUGGUGGCAACCCUAUUCACGAGUACAGGCAGGAGCAGCUUCUUACGAAGCUCCGGGCAUCACCACAAGUGUUCCAUGAGAAGGUAGAAUUAAGCCUGCCUCUGCGCAUCAGAGCGCCGCAGGCUCCAACCUACAGAGACUUCGCCUUCAACAGCCCGAAGACGCACGCGACGUACUUGGCCUUGCUCGGCAAGGCAGCAACAGAGGACUUUGGUCGUCAACAGCCACAACGUACGUCCUGCUGGCGUGUGCCAUUCGCGUCGGAAACCAGCGGCAGCAGGAUCGAACUGGUUAUAGACGAUGGUCGCAUGCAAUGGCAAUUCUUUGUCGCACCUCCUGCCGAUACCGCUGCCAACGACCCACUCAGGAGGAUGCUGCAGCAACCGAUAGCCACGGCCGAGAUUUCUGAUUCUCUCUUCGAUCUUGCGUGGUCCUGGCGAAAGCCGGAGCCAACAGAGCUGCGUACUAUUGUGAAAGCAAGCAGUGAGCAAGCUCCCACCAUCUUAGCUCGCGAACGCCUGCCGGACCACGCGCGUUCUACCCAGCCAAAGUCCUUGUCCAUACGGGUGGAAAAGAAUGGCAAUUCUUGGCUGAGCUGUGAUGUCGAUGGCACAUACCACUACCUUCCCCGUUGUGGCACCUCGCUGGAAUGCUCGUACAAACGUGAGCCAAGAAGGAGUGGCGAGCUACCGAUGUACCUCUUCCAGGAUCCAGACCCCGUUGGCGCUGACGAAACGGAUUGCUUCGUGUUCUCUACGACCAUGGAGCGGUUCGAGGACGACGAAACUCGUGUCUUGGAAGCAUGGUUGCCUCCGUCGUGGUCACCGUGGAAACAACAGGCUCAGCAGACGACAGUGCUGUCGUACGAGCGGGUGACACUGGCUGCGGCUGAGUUGGCCCAGCCUUUACCUACGAGCGUUGAGUUAGGCACCGGCGACUCAGUCUCCGGCCCGGCAUCUUCCUGCGAGGAAUACUCUGAGAUGCUGAGUCUCUCUACUGCGGCAGACUUGCGGGAGCCAAGCCAGCUUGGGACCUCACACGUCUGGAUAGGUGAAGCCAUGAGAAGUAAGCUGCAACUCAAUGAUUGGCGAUCAAUCGAGGUCCCCGAAGCAUCAUGUUCGUGCACUCGCUGCGCGCCUGCCCGACCUGCGCCACGAUGGAAGCUUGCCACUGACGGUGUGACCAUCGAACGAUACGAAGAUCCCAGGACCGCGAACGGGUACGAAAAGUCCAUGAAAGUCCGACCACGCCCUACCUCUGUGCAGGUCACAAAUGCCAUGUCAAACGACAUCUCAAUGGCCACGGUCCACUUUCUCGUCAACCUGCGUGCUCUAGCUCAUCGAGCUAUAGCCCGUCUGCUCCAAGGCGCGGCAAACGACGUCCAUCUGCAGACGCAGUGGCGGCUCACGCGUGGCCUUUUAGGCGGCAGCACGUUCUCCUUGAAGCCUUUCAAGCUCAGAGAGACGAACCAUAUUCGGCCAUACGCCGACAAUCUUGAUGUGGAUGUCUCACUCUCUCCCAAACAGCGCGGAUCCCUUGCUUGGAUGUUGCAGCAGGAGGAGGGCAAGCUGUUCACGCUCGAAGUGACUGAAGACGUAGCAGUGCCUGAGCUAGAUGUACGACUAGAGAUGCGUGCCUCAAGAAAGCAAGAGUUCCGCGGUGGGAUUUUGGCGGAAUCGCCAGGCUACGGUAAGACCAUUCUCUGCCUGGCUCUGGUACAUGCGCAGUUCAAGUCUCGCACUGCUUCGCAGAUUGUGGACGACCUUCGCCUCCGGCAGCAGAGACGCCCAGAAGCCGCUGGACUCAUUCCGACCGCUGCUACCUUGUACAUCGUACCCCAGACAUUGGUCGGACAGUGGAAGGGCGAAGCGCGCGAAAAGGGUGGUUUCGGUGGCGACGAAAUUGUCACCAUAACGACGGCCAGCCAGCUCGACAAGUUCAAGAUCGACAACAUCAAGCGCGCUAAGCAUGUCAUUGUCAGCCGCAACGUUCUGACCUCUAUUCCGUACGUCGCACGAUUGGCUACUGCCGCUGCGCUGCCAGAGCCGAUGAGUCUGCAGGGUCGUGCUAUGUGGGAUUGGCUAGAGGUAGCCAGGUCACGAAUGCCGGAGCACGUCCAAGAACUUGAAAACCACGGGCUAGCGGCUCGACGUCAACACGCAAAGGCCAGAUACCAUGCCGACAUGAACAGCGAUACUUUCAAGUCGAUCGUUCCUUCGCGCCGCACCCGCGGCAAAGACUACGUCUCUGCUGUGAACAAGAAGUCGACAUCAAAUGCUGUCAAGCCAGCAGCUCGCGAUCUUGACACAACAACGAUGGCAACACCUCUCUUCGAGAUGUUCUUCUGGAACCGUAUUGUUGUCGACGAGUGCCAGGAAAACGACCCGACGCAGAGAGUUGCUAUAUACGGCCUGAGUGCGGACAAGGCGUGGGGCCUGUCUGCCACUCCUCCUAAAGCAGAUCUGUGGGACGUUGCGCAGCUUGGUCGAGUAUUGGGAUGUCCGCUCCCUGUUGGCUCAACGCAAAAGGGCAUCAUGAAGACCAAGAACGCUCGAGAGUAUUACAAGGACAUGACCCAAUUUGAGAAGUUCGAGGCCAACAUGAACGUCCCGUCAGAAGGAGGUUACGCCCGUCAAUACGAAGUUUGUCAGUCAUUCCUGGACAUCUUCGCGAGCCAGAACAUCGAGCUAUUUGACUGGAUACCCAGUAAAGACCAUCUCCUCGUCGUUCAGAACAGUCUGGGCCACCAGACUCUGUACAACGAGCUGUUCAUGCAAGCGGAUUCCCAGGGCAUGCAGAUCAGGAAGGGGAGCAGGCAUAAGACAACAGCGCGUGAGCAGCGCUUUGACACAGCUGUGGAGGACACCAGCACCGCGGAAGCAGCACUUUCGAAGCGAGCGGCUUUCUUUGAUCACCGAUCAGAAAAUGCUACGGACCUUGACACGUUCAUUCAACAAGGCCAGCUUGAAGUACAGAAGCUGUCCGAGUGGCUCACCAAAGCUGUACCUACGGCCAAGGCAAAGGAGCCGGAGGUUUUUGCCAAAUGGAAGGAAGGCAGGGUGGACAUGGACACCAUCGGUGAUCCAGACGUAAGAUCGCUGGUACAGGAAGCGUGUGCUUUGAAAGCAUCGAGCGCCAGAGCGAUGGCAGACCUGGAUACCUGGGAUUCCGAGCCUGAAGAAGCCACUCACGGGAAGCGUGAUCUUACGAGCCAGGUCGGAGAGAAGGUUGACAGGCUCCUGAUUGCGAAACGCACUUUACGGUACUUCAACAAUGUGAAGAUGGUGCAGGCGACCUCAAUUUCGCACAAGAAGUUAUGCAGCCGAUCGAAAUGCACUUCGAAAGACGUAGAUGUGGCUGUGGCAAUUGAGUGCGGCCAUGUGUUUUGUCGGGAAUGUUACGACGACCACCUUGGAGACGACUCCCAGUGUCCGACGACCGGCUGUCAAGUCGAUGUAAGUGACCACGCCUUCUGGAAAUCGAAGAUGCCCGCACAGACGACUACCACCACGCCGUAUGGCGCGAAACUCGCUGCAGCGGUCAACGUUCUGAAGGAGAUCCGGAAGCUGGGAGACCAAGCCAUCCUUUUCGUGCAGUUCGAAAACCAGCUCGGGGAGGUCAGGCUUGCUCUGGAGGACGCGAGCAUCUCUGCUACUUAUCUUGACCCGUCAGAGGCUACGAGCCAGUUGAAGGACUUCAAAGAAACCGCCAGUGAAAAGCAGAAGAAGACUGUGAUAGUCGUCAAUGCCUCCAGCGAGACAGCCGCCGGCAUCAAUCUACAGAACACGAACCAUGUCAUCUUUCUCAGCCCGCUAUUGCGCGACCAGCAAAAUGCCUAUCAGGACACGAUGCUCCAGGCUAUCGGCCGGGCGCGCCGACAUCUCCAGGAGAAGACGGUGCAUAUCUACUACAUCGUCGCUAAAGACACCAUCGACGUCGACGUCCUGGAACACCGCGAGCGUCGCUCAAGUGCUUUGACUGAGCAAGGUGCGCCACCGAUCAGAAUGCCGGCACGAGCGAGAUCGCUGCAGAUGAGCAACGAGCCCAAGCCAGAGAAGACGCAGCUCGUGCGCGGCGAAGAUGGACGAUUCAGCCUGCAGCCGAUGACAUGGCUUGCGUGUGCAGGGAAUGGGCCCCAUGCGCAGGCAGCGCCGGAUGCGCAUUUUGGUGGUAGGAAGCAUCGGAUUCAGGGGUAUGAGGAUUUCAGCUCGCUGGCGAGGUGGUCGAGAGCGUUCACAGAGGACGAUGAGUAUCAAUAG